AUGCGGAUACCUAAACCAGGUACAUUUUCAAUUUUCAUUGAUUCCUAAAGUUCCCAGUUAUAGCCAAUUUUACACCAACAAAAUGGCGGUUUCCUGGAUUGCUCGCAAUGUUCACGGCCUCAUCUUCAGUGGGCGCAGCGUUGGGAAAUUUUUUGGCAAAUCAAUUGGAGGACGCAAAUUUUUUCUAUCGGCGGCCUGCGGAGGGAGAUGACGAUUGACAAUUAUUUUUUUCCAAAUAAAUAUUUCUUUCUUAUGCUGUUUGAGCAUCUCAAUUUCACGAAAAAAAAAUAUAACAAGAAAGCUUCCCGCUUCGAUUUUAAGGUGAAAAACAGCAGUAAACAUGGUUAAAAAAACUCUUCAGAAAAAUGAGUAAACCAGAAAUUUGUAAAUUUGGAAAUUAAAUUGCAAAUUGGCAAAAUUUCAAAUUCGCGCGUCUCUGAAGAGGCCUCUUAAGCAGGAAAAAAAUUGCCGAUGGGGCGCAAAUUCUCGCUAUAAUUUAAAAAAAUUAUUUUCUUUUUUUAUUUUUGUAUUCCUGCUAUUUUUUUCAGCUAUUUUCAUAGUUUUUUCAUCGGACAAAGCGAAAAUCGUUUCGAAACGCAUGAAAAAUGCCUCAAAACAAAAAUUAGUACAGUUUUAGAGCAUAUUUGGGCGCUUGUGAACACGCUUUUGCGUUUUGAAACAUGUUGCGUUACUCCAUUGAACAUGCCAUCAGCUUCUGGAAGUCAAUAAAAAUUUUCUGUGAUUUCUUUUUGACGAGGAUAAGAUUUUGUACAACUUUAUCAUUUUUUCCCAACCCUUAUUUGUAAUUUCUCUUAAAUUCACAGUUUUUCGUGAAUUUCCGUAAUUUCUGUUGCAAACCCACAUUUGUCAUAUAGCAGAUGACUGACAUUGACGAAAGAGAAGGAAGAACACCCAGUUUCAGUCAUCAACGUCACUUGGCUUCCAAUGAGUGGCAAAAUUGGCAAGGAAGCCAGGCGAAUAAGUUCGUGAGAACAAAUAAAGCUGAUUAUUAUUUUUUUUCAGAGAAGCAGACAACCUUGCGUUUGGCAAAUUUGAUUAUUCACCGAAGAUGACCGAUUCGGAAACUUUGGACUUUAUCAGGAAGCUCGAGAGGUCUUUGCGAGCUCACCAUAACAAGUUUAUUUCUAAUUAUUUCCGUUUCGAUUUGAUUUUUGCAGAACCGCAAAGAUGCCGAAAAUUGUGGCGAAACUGUUCCUUCAUCCAAAUUCUUCCGUGAGAAAAUGUGCCUUUUCAUGCGCUGUUUUAAUUUUGGCAAAUGUUGCAACGGUAAUAAAUUUUCAGGUUCAAGAAAAAAAUUAAAAUUUUUCAGAAGCCUGAGCAAAUUUUAGAAGCUUACCGUAUCGCUUUAUGUUGUUCCAACGGUGAUAUUGCUGAAAAUGCGCUAUCUUUUCUUCCACAAUUCGUCAAAGUUUGUCCAGGUUAUUCCCAACCUUCUCAAUUGAUAGAAUCGAACAUUUUUCAGAACAAGCCUGGAAUUUGAAUAAGUUUGGAAUAGCCGGCCAUGAAAGGAUAUCAUUUCCAUCGACCGAAAUGGAGAAACACAUCGCCAUGGCGAAUCAAUCUUCCAUGCGAUAA